UUUGCUUUAUUGUUUUUUUUUUUUUUUAUUUUAUCAAUUACUGUAUGGCUUGGAAACUUAGUAGGGUAACAUCUUGUUCUGUUGCAGAAUCUUGGAGCAAGCUCCAGCUACUCCCACCUGCAGGCUAUUAAUGUAGGCGUAGCACAUUUGUCUGGGCUAUUUUGGACGCCCCUUCUCUCCCCCGGCGCCAGGUGUGCUGCUCAACGCGCACGCAGAAGUCGGAGGGGAAAGAGAGGAACGGAUUGGUUGUCGACGACGACAGAGAAAAGCAAUGGCAGCUAGUGACAUUUUGAGAAGAAGAAAUAAAUGCAGUUUUCCAGUUUCGAACAAAAAAGGGAUUUUGUUAAGGGCGAAAGGGAGCGCCUUGUGGCGUCUAUAAGCAAUGAUGUUUGCUCACGCGGUCUUGAUGAGCCAGGCAGAAGAGGUCGAAGCGACUGAAGCUGUUGAUCCUCAUCUUCCUCUCGCCUGCUAGAAACCUCGCAUUACCAACAACAAAAACAAAAGUGGUUUUUUGGAAUAGUUCAUAGAAGAAUCGAAGAAUAGGUUGCGGAAAAAAGGACAUGAUGGUGGAGGAGCGGUGCUUCUUCAACAAGGACACACUUGUUGUCAAGGCACCAAAGAAAACACACAUUGCAUUGAAGAUGUUUAUGUUAGUUACUGUGACAAUAUGCGGCAUCUAUAUUUGCUCGGUAUGUACAAAGCAGAUAAGAAUGCAAAGCAGACCCAGAAUUUUGAAAUUUGAGAUAAUCAAGCCACCUUGCAAGAAUUCUUCAGUAUCACAUCGAGAAUUUGCGUAUUUGCACUAUCCAUCACCAGUCACUCAUAGCAGGGAGGAAUGUGCAUGUACACCAGUUCAUUUUUUUUCUAUCGUGUCGAUGCAGAGGUCUGGAAGUGGGUGGUUCGAGACUCUCUUAAAUAGUCAUGUUAACAUUAGUUCUAAUGGGGAGAUCUUCUCUCCCAAAGAAAGGAGAACUAACAUAUCUACAAUCAUAAGGGCAUUGGACAAAGUGUAUAAUCUCGAUUGGUUUAGUAGUGCUUCGAAAAAUGAAUGCACUGCAGCUGCUGGCUUCAAGUGGAUGCUUAAUCAGGGUCUGAUGGACAAUUGCAUAAAAGUCAUCCAAUAUUUCAGGGAAAGAGGUGUCUCUGUAAUAUUCCUAUUCAGAAGGAACUUACUUCGUCGUUUAGUUUCACAGCUCGCAAAUGAUCAUGAUCGCAGUACUAAGCAACUAAAUGGAACACAUAAAGCUCAUGUACAUUCUGAAAAUGAGGCCAACAUUCUCGCAAUGUACAAGCCAAGGAUCAAUACCUCGGAGUUAAUCUCAAAUCUUAAAAAUGCUGAAAAGUUUGCGAGUGAUGCCUUGGAGCACUUCAACAAUAUCCGCCACAUCGUUCUGUACUACGAGGAUCUUUUGCAAAAUAGUACUAAGAUGAUGGAUGUCCUGGAGUUCCUCAAAGUACCUCACAGAAAACUAGUUAGUCGGCAUGUUAAGAUACACACAAAACCACUACCCAGUUUGAUCGAAAACUGGGAUGAAAUUUACACCAGUCUCAAAGGAACAGAGUAUGAGAGCUUCUUGAAAGCUGAUUAUGUUUCAUAGAUAAUCUUGCCUCUGCACGAAUUCCUGUUAGCCGGGUUUUCCACGGCAUGGUCAUGGCAAGCAGAUUUUAUAUCAAGAGGCUCGAGACAGAAAGACACAAGAAACACUGAGUAGACUUCUUGCACACGGUUAUUCCUUGUUAAAGAUGGAUCAUUGCAACCUACAGAUCUUUUAUUUUAUUUGAAUAUAUAAUAUCUAUAUAUAGUUCAUUGUGUUUUUUAAUUUUAUUUUUUAUAUUAUUUCUCCUCAUAAAACUUUCUAAUCCGUCCUGUAUAAAAAGCAAGCUAGCAAUGUUCAUAUUUUUGAGAGAAAUCUAAGCUUUA